AUGGCCGGACGAUUGUUCAAAGUCGGUGGUUUCGCAGCUCUCGGUGGCGGUGCCUACUACCUUUACAAUGCUGGUGGAGACCCAAAGCUUGCAGAGAAGAAGUUUGAGCAUGACGCCGCUGCCGCAUCUGCCAAAGUCCGCGGCAACCUACCUGGCCACGAGAAGGAGGCAAAGAAGGCCGGAGAGGAGAGCUACGAAGCACUUCGUGCCAGGGCAGAGGAUCUUGCCAACGAUGCCAAAGCGCAAGCGAACAAGACGGGACAGCAAAUCGACCAGAAGGUGGAUCAAUACCGCCAGGACGCAUCGAAGAAGUUUGAAGAAGUGCGACAGACUACCGGCAAGGACCUCAGCGCUGCCGUAGACACAUUCGACAAGAAGGUCAGCGAGGGCGCAUCCAAGUCACAGAGCUGGCUUGGCUCCUGGUUCGGCUCAAAGUAG